UAACUCUGUUUUAAGAUUAGCCAAACACUGUGAAAAGAUAGAGGGAAAAUCUGGAGACAGGACGACUGUGCAAAAAGAAAGGAGCAGAGGAUAUGGAAGUGCUAGCCGUUAAACCACACGCCUGCUUCUUUAAUUUAAAUCCCAAGAUCGUAACCAAGAAGCAAAUUGCAGAUGUCUUUAUCCAAUGCCCACAUUCUAGAAGAAAAUGCUUUUGUGUCAAUAUGGGAUAUGAACGACAGAAACUUCCUGGCAGGACUUCCAAUAAGUGCUUAUUUACGGUUGCAACUGCAUCAUCAGUCAUCAGGUGUGCAAGAUGUUGAAGUUUCUUCUCCAUUUAAAGACUUUACUAUUACUACUAGCAGUGUAGAUAAAACUAAUGAAUUAAAGAUAAGUGUAGAGGUAUCUGGCUUAAAAACCCAACAAAUAUUUGAUAACGUGUUCUCCAAGAUGGUUGCUGAUGCUCAGCCAAUUCCAGGAUUUCGAAGAGUAAAAGGAGGAAAGACGCCUAAUAUACCCAGGGAAAUUCUUCUGGAAAUUCUUGGUCCCUCAAAAGUUUACAAGCAAGUAAUUGAGAAAGUAAUUAACAGUACAAUAGCGGAAUACGUAGAUAAGGAAGGUUUGACAGUUAGCAAAGAUUUGCUGGUAGAACAGAGUUUUGAAGAUCUUGAAGAAAUCUUUGAACCUGGUGAUGAAUUCAGAUUUGAUGCAAUUGUCCAGUUUAUAGAUUCGAACUGAAUAGUUGGUUUAGUCAUAAGUAGCCCCCCUCAUCACACAUUGUUGAACUUUAAUACGUUGUAAUGCACUUUAUUUCCAUUUAAAUAUGAGUUCUGUUACAAUUUAUUGUUAUAGACCCCUUAUUAACAUUAUAAUGAGAAAAGCCCCAAUUUUGUAU